CGAGCAGCGACGGAGCUUUAAAAUUCGCUGCAGUUUAAAUAAAUGUUAGCCGUGUAACUGAACAAAACAAAACAGUCUUCCCCUCCGGUAGUGUAACCAAGGAAAUACUACACGGAGCCACAUUGCUUGUUCUUCGCUGAUCAACACUACAUGGGCCAGAACCACGCAAAAGACGCGAUCAUUGGGCAUUCCCAGUAAAUAAAUAAGUAUGUUAGGGUCUACAUUCCACCAACGCAAGAUGGCGCAGAACGUGCCUUUGUCGAGCUUCGUUGGUUCCUAUAUCUUUGGGUUACUGCAAGCCUGCGUUCGAUUCGUUUUCCGCCUGAUCUAUGGAGCCAAGGGCGAGAGCAUGCCUCCCAUAAGGGACCCCAUUCUACUUGAAUCGGCCUCGUCGCUUGCAAGAAAGAUACGCAACCAGGAACUCAGCAGCGUUCAGGUAUUGGAGUCGUUCAUACGCCGCAUCAAGGAGGUGAAUCCCAUACUGAAUUGUGUUGUGGACGAGCGAUACGACCAGGCUCUUCAGGAGGCAGCGGAUGCAGAUAAGCUCAUCAAGUCCGGCCAGUACACUGUGGAGGAAUUGGCGAAGCAGAAACCCUUUCUGGGUGUACCCAUCACAACAAAAGACUGCAUUUCGGUGAAAGGCAUGCUCCAUACGGCGGGCUUGUAUGAUAGGCGAGAGGUGCGCGCAUCCAAGGAUGCCGAUGCCAUGGCCUUGAUGCGCAAGGCGGGCGCCAUUCCCAUUGCCCUGACCAACGUCUCCGAGGUUUGCAUGUGGUGGGAGAGCAACAACACGGUGCAUGGACGGACGCGAAAUGCUUACGACACAAAUCGCAUUGUCGGCGGCUCCAGUGGCGGUGAAGGCUGUAUACAGUCUGCGGCUGCCUCGGCCUUUGGCCUUGGCUCUGAUAUUGGUGGCUCUAUUCGCAUGCCGGCCUUUUUCAAUGGUAUCUUCGGACAUAAGCCAAGCAAGCUGGUGGUGUCCAAUGUGGGCCAGUUCCCGGCGCCCUUCAGUGAAGAGCAGAACUCCUUCCUGGGCCUGGGGCCAAUGUCGCGCUUUGCGGAGGACCUGCGACCCAUGCUAAGAAUAAUGUCUGGAGAGAAGGCCGAACAGUUGAAUCUCGACAAGGAAGUAAAUCUAAGCAAGAUGAAGUUCUUCUAUCAAGAAUCAGAUGGCGGUGGCCGCCUAGUGUCUUCCGUAGACGCUGAUCUACGACAGGCCAUGCAACGAGUUGUGCAGCACCUGAACGAAAAGUUUGGCAGCAAGCAGGUUGAGCGCAUACAGCUGCCGGAGUUUCGCCAGUCUGCGGCCAUUUGGUUUGCAAAUAUGCGGGACGACAGCGGCCACGGCUUCGCCUUCCAGUUGGGCAAUUUGGAGCAUGACAUCAACACGUAUUGGGAGCUCUUCAAAUGGCUGUUUGGAGCCUCCAAGCACACGUUCAUUGGCCUGACAACGGCCAUCAUGGACAGUGCUCAGUGCAAGCACGGCUCGCCAAAAUAUGAACACAUGGUUCGCAAGCGGAACGAUUUGCGGGCCGAGCUGCAGCGUCUCCUUGCCGACAAUGGAGUCCUGAUCUAUCCUACACACCCCACCGUGGCGCCCUAUCAUAAUGAGCCCAUAAUGCGGCCCAUUAACUUUGCCUACACAGGCAUCGUGAAUGUUCUUGGCUUUCCAGCAACGGCUGUUCCGUUGGGAAAACUGGGCAGUGAGGGUUUGCCCCUGGGCGUCCAGGUCAUUGCCAACUUUAACGAGGAUCGGCUCUGCCUGGCUGUGGCGGAGGAGCUGGAGCGAGCCUUCGGUGGCUGGGCGCGACCCCAAAUUAUGGUGUGAAGUCACCUUGCUCUCACCUAGAGCAGAAGCCUAGUUAGUAGAUGGGGGACAAUCCUGUCCCACCCUCACCUCACUCCUCUGUAACACACUUAAACCCUCCCGCCUGGCGGUGUCGUCAGUAUAUUGAACCUGCGAAGUGUAUUAAUUGUAUGGUGUACUUCAGUGCCUCCUUAUAUCAGUUUUUGAUGUGGUUUUACCUAUUUUAUAGAUGUUUUUAAUCAUUAAUAAUUAUUGUGUACUCUAUGGUCUCGUGCACGGUCUGGAAGGCCGUGCAUUCUCCAUAUGUUUCUAUGAUGCAUUUAUGUAUAAUAAAUAAUUGCAACA